AUGGUUCCAAUGCCAACAUUAACACUUCCUGUCUAUUUGAGCCAAGCAACAAGACCUUUGGAUCAAAGAAGAUCAACUCUUCUUGGUGGUACUGACUAUUACAGACUCAACCAGGAAAGAAAAAAGUCAUGCGGAGUUUAUGCAACAAAAUCAGAACCUGGGGAAUAUUAUUCUCAUAGACUACCAACCCCACUCUUGGAUACUAUAAACUAUCCAACUCAUAUGAAGAAUCUCUCUAAUAAGGAAUUGAAACAACUUGUGGAUGAGCUGCGUUCAGAUAUUAUAUUCAAUGUUUCUGAAACUGGAGGUCAUUUGGGAUCAAACCUUGGUGUUGUUGAACUCACUGUUGCUCUUCACUAUGUUUUCAAUGCUCCUAAAGACAAAAUCUUGUGGGAUGUUGGUCAUCAGUGUUAUCCUCAUAAAAUUCUCACUGGUAGAAGGAAUGAGAUGCCUACUUUGAGGCUGAAAGAUGGAUUAAGUGGCUUUACAAAAAGGUCUGAGAGUGAAUUUGAUUGCUUUGGCACUGGUCACAGUUCAACAACAAUAUCAGCAGGGUUAGGAAUGGCUGUUGGAAGGGAUUUAAAGGGAGAAAAUAAUAAAGUAAUCGCGGUUAUCGGUGAUGGUGCUAUGACGGCGGGUCAAGCUUUUGAAGCCAUGAACAAUGCCGGUUAUCUUCAAUCUGACAUGAUUGUUAUUCUUAAUGACAAUAAACAGGUCUCUUUGCCUACUGCUGAUCUUGAUGGUCCAAUACCACCUGUUGGUGCUUUGAGUAGAGCUCUUAGUAAGUUACAAUCAAAACAAAUUGCUGGACCUCUGCAUAGUGGCAUGAGUAGUGGUUCUGGAUCAACACUAUUUGAAGAGCUUGGACUUUGCUACAUUGGUCCUCUUGAUGGUCAUAACUUUGAUGAUCUUGUUGCUAUACUCGACAAAGUUAAGAGUACUGAGAAAACUGGUCCUGUACUAAUCCAUGUUGUCACUAAAAAAGGUCUUGGAUAUCCUUAUGCAGAAAGAGCAGCAGAUAAGUACCAUGGAGUUGCCAAGUUUGAUCCUGCUACUGGAAAACAGUUCAAGGGCAAGGCUCUUACCCCGGUACUCACAUCAUGCUUUGCGGAUGCUUUGAUUGCAGAAGCAGAAGUUGACAAAGACAUUGUUGGAAUUCACGCUGCAAUGGGAGGUGGAACUGGAAUGAAUCACUUCCUUCACCGUUUUCCUACAAGAUGCUUUGAUGUAGGGAUAGCAGAACAACAUGCUGUUACAUUUGCUGCAGGUCUAGCUUGCGAAGGUUUUAAGCCUUUUUGCACUAUUUACUCAUCCUUCUUGCAGAGAGCUUAUGACCAGGUGGUGCAUGAUGUGGACUUGCAAAAGCUGCCAGUAAGAUUUGUGGUUGAUAAAGCUGGAUUUGUUGGAGAAGAUGGUCCAACACACUGUGGUGCUUUUGAUAUCACCUACAUGGCAUGUCUCCCUAACAUGGUGGUGAUGGCUCCCUCUGACGAAGCAGAGAUGAUCCACAUGGUUGCUACUGCUGUUUCCAUUAACGAUCGACCUAGUUGUUUUCGAUUUCCAAGAGCAAAUGGAAUUGGUGUUGAACUACCGCCAGGGAAUAGAGGCACUCCUCUUGAGAUUGGAAAAGGUAGGAUAUUGAUUGAAGGGGAAAGAGUGGCCCUUUUGGGUUUUGGAACAGCAGUACAGAACUGUGUAGCUGCAGCUUCCAUGUUGGAACAAGACGGCUUACAUGUAACGGUGGCUGAUGCACGUUUCUGCAAGCCAUUGGACCAUUCCCUCAUUCGCAGGCUAGCAAAAUCACAUGAUGUUUUGAUCACUGUGGAAGAAGGAUCAGUAGGAGGAUUUGGAUCUCAUGUUGCUCAGUUCAUGGCCCUUGAUGGUCUUCUUGAUGGAAAAUUGAAGUGGAGGCCAAUGGUUAUUCCUGAUAUUUAUAUUGAUCAUUGUUCACCUGCUGAGCAGUUGGCUCUAGCUGGUCUCACAUCGUCUCACAUAGCAGCAACAGUCUUCAACAUUCUUGGACUAACAAGAGAGGCACUAGAGAUGGUUACUAUGACAUGA